CCAUCACUCACAGAGACAAUCUUCGGUGCGGCCGCAGCCACAGGUAUAUGCGAAGAUGGUUCUCUCCUUUAUCCUCAUUCAGAAUCGCCAAGGGAAGACUCGGCUGGCGAAAUGGUAUGCGCCGUAUAGUGACGAAGAGAAGGUGAAGCUCAAGGGUGAGGUCCACCGCCUCAUUGCCCCCCGCGACCAGAAGCACCAAUCCAACUUUGUCGAGUUUCGAAACACAUCCAAGAUCGUAUACCGCCGCUAUGCAGGGCUCUUCUUUUGCGCCUGCGUCGAUACGAAUGACAACGAGUUGGCGUAUCUCGAGGCAAUCCACUUCUUUGUUGAGGUGCUGGAUGCCUUUUUUGGGAAUGUGUGCGAGCUAGAUCUGGUCUUCAACUUUUACAAGGUGUAUGCUAUUCUCGACGAGGUCUUCCUUGCGGGGGAGAUUGAAGAGACAAGCAAACAAGUCGUCUUAACCCGGCUUGAGCAUCUCGACAAAUUAGAGUAAGGAAUAUCAGACACGCGCUGAAGGAGGAACUCGCAUCUGGUCAUUGCUGCAAGCCUAGCCGAACCGGCUUCCUGAAGCUUUGCUGCAAGCUACUAACAAGGUAUGUCAGGAGGCUGGAGUCAGGGCAUUCGAUAAAGGGAGUGGAAUGAAAUCUCAUGGGGAUGUGAUGCGUCAGAGUCGAUGAAGGAUUGAGAUGGACAAAACUCCCCACAUCCCGUUCUACUUCGAGCGGCAUGUGGAAUCAAGACCGUGGAGCACAAUUGUCCAAUGGCAGACAUUGCGAGACAGGCACGUUGAUCCGUUAGAUAUGUCGGUCAUAGAGUGCUGCCUCAUAGCUGAGAGACAUAUAUGAACAAGUCACAUAAUAC